AUAGUCUCCACCAUCAACAAGCUUGCCUUAACAACCUGCGCCACCUGAUUUUCUCUCUCUUCUUUCUUUUUCUCUCUCUAAACCCUGUUCAACUGUCACAUAUAUAUAUCAAAUAAAAUUGGAAAAAAGAAAAGAAAAAGAAAAAGGGCGUCCAAAGCAGCACAGAGAAGGAGAAAGAGAGAGAGAGAGAGAGAGAGAGAGAGAGAGAGAGGAAGUGGAGGAAUAUCCUUUGCGAUCCCAAGCCAAGCCCUUUUUCUCCUCUUUAUUUUUUUGUUUUUUUGGCUCUAUAAAUAGUUUCACGCGCUCUCUUUCUUCUCACUCACAACUGAUAUGAAAGUGGACCUACACAAAGAAGAAGAAGAAGGAACCGAGAUGUGUAGGAGUCUCGAAGUCCCCACCGCCGUCGCCGCCUUCGACCGCCGUCGAUUGCCACAGCCAGAGCCGAUGGUCACCGUCGGUGAUGAUUGUGAUAGGGAUGGCGAGGGCCUUUUCACUCCUCCUCUCAACUUUGCCAUGGUUGAUAAUGGCAUUUUCAGGUCAGGUUUCCCUGACUCGGCUAACUUUGCAUUCCUCCAGACCCUAGGACUCCGUUCAAUCAUAUGUAUGUGUCCCGAACCGUAUCCCGAGGCUAACAUGGAGUUUCUUAAGUCCAAUGGGAUUCGGCUUUUUCAAUUUGGGAUUGAAGGUUACAAGGAGCCAUUUGUUAACAUCCCAGAGGAUACCAUCCGCGACGCGCUGAAAGUUGUCCUUGAUGUGAGGAAUCACCCAAUCUUAAUCCAUUGUAAACGGGGAAAGCACCGAACUGGUUGUCUUGUUGGCUGCAUGAGAAAAUUGCAAAGGUGGUGUCUCUCAUCUGUCUUUGAUGAAUACCAGCGCUUUGCAGCAGCGAAAGCUCGAGUUUCCGAUCAGAGGUUUAUGGAACUGUUUGAUAUUUCCAGCCUGAAGCAUCUGCCAAUGCCUUUUUCAUUUUCAAAGAGAUAAAAGCAACCAUUCAUUUUGAAUGGCUCUUUGUCCUGUCUUGCUUGGAAGAGAAUCUAGAUUCUACUUUUGGAAUAAAAUAGAAAAAGGUGAUGAGUUCCUGGAAUGCAUUUCAACGGCUAAGGAAUAAUUCUUCCUUUUUUUUUUUUUUUUUUCCUUGAGAAUAAUAAAAGCCUAUAGUAUUAGCAUUUCUUAUUUUGAGUUUUAUGACCAGUUUCUCUUUGAAUUACAUGGCUAAAGGGCGCUUCCUCCCCAAAUACCGGCCCAACAUUAUCUUUGGCUUUCGGUGAGGGAAGAAAAAGGGCUUUUACUUAAAUUGUUUUUGUUAAUUUUAUUUUUAUUUUUUUUGCUUUGUAUGUAAUUAGCCAGAAUGGUUUGGAUUGAAUAAGGCCCUUGGUUAUUUUAGUAUUUUUUUCCCCCUCAAAGAGGUCCUGUAACAUUUGAUGGAUAUCAUUUCGAAGGAAUUAGAAUCCCAAAAUUUAGUUUGGCAUGUAGUAAAAAUAUGAUUGAAUAUUGUAUUAACCUUUAUUUUGUUUUACAAAGAGUAAAAUUGUCAUAAAUAAUGGUAUACAUUUUCUUCUUAAGAAAUUUGAGAAUACAAGGACCUCUUUAUUUUAA